AGUCAAUAAAUACAAUUAAAAUUACAUUACUGCAAAGAGAAUCGAGCGAUUGAUUGGUAAUAAAGCCGGGUUUUGACUAACCGAGUUCGCGGGAAAUUUAAAAUGUGACAAUGACGGCAAAGCUCGUAAGAAACCCAACGUUAGGAAAUAGUGGACGUUGGCAAAAUCAUGGUUUUGGCUCACACAGUGACUGGCGAAAAAACGACAAUCAAUUUGUUAAAAAUAAAAACGUUACUGAAAAAUAGAAAAAAAGUGUCUUGUAAUGUUGGUUGUUCACCAUUCGACCCAAUAACUUUAAAACAUACGAUAGUUGGGCUUUUAAUAAUAAAAAUCGCGCUAACAUUUUAAAAAGACGUUAAAAUACAGGGUCGUUUUGAUAAAAAAAUGGUAUUUUUUUAGUUAACAUUAAUUAGAGAGCUCAUCAAAAAUGUUAUCGAUACGUGAAAAAAAUAAAACUUUGGUGUACAACACCCUCAGCAUAAUAAAAAUAUUUUUAGAUUGUGGAUUUUAAGUCGAUUUAUCGGAUAAUAAAAACGCAUAGUAAUAUCUUAAUUAUCAAAAAAGUUAUAGACCGAUUACACACCCCUGGGUCAUCCUGUAUUUAUUGUUAGUAGCAUCACAUAGGACACAUUAACAUAAACAGUAUUUAUUUUUUUAAAUAAUUUUUUGGAAAAUUAGAAUAAGUGUUCUCAAUUUGUUACUUCUAUGGAUGUUGUUUUUUUCUUGACGACACCUGGUGGCCGAGCGCGAAUUAAACCUAACCUCGCAGUGGCUGACGUUUCUUGCAAUUUGUAGUCCCAAAGGUCGUUAUUAUUUUGCUAUUACAUGGCAAAUGAACGUUUGGAUGUAAAAUGUUGCAUCCCCUCUUGCUCUUGUAGAUACGCCACUCAGUUAAGCCACGUCGCAUAUUAUGCAAUAAGGCCGCAAUGGAUGAAUACAAUCCUAACGUAUUUAAAUUCAAUCCAAAAAAACACAAAUAUAAUGCGAAUUCGGUCUGAGUUUAUCUGCAGCCGCCAUUAUAGUUUAUCGGGGAUCAGGGAUUUCACUAACAGUGGUACCAUCUACUUCCCCCAUUUGCGGAUUUCGGUUGAGAAACCUCGGGAGCAGUCGACGUUGGGCCAAAAUCGGCGAAAUAUUAGUGGUAACUCGGAAGUGUUCACAAGUGACGAACUUGGAGUGGCCCGAGAGGAGGUUUAUCCCGCUGUAGUUGAAAAACAAGUUGAUUUAAUUAGGGAGAAAAAAAAUAAUCGGCCAAAAUUCAGACCGGAUUAUUGGGACCACAACUAUGCCCUCAACAUGAAUUACAUAGAGUAUCUCAAGGACAGUCAUGAGCAACUCUUACAAGAAAACACAGAGUAUAAGAAACGGCACGUUGAGACGACAAACCAAAACACCGAUGAGAUCAAACGACUGAAAGCCAUCAACCACGACCUCCUUGCCAAGCUGUUCCGCGCCCCGCCAAGGAGCGGCUUAUUCCUAAAAAGCAUCCUCGAGAACGAGAGCACUCUAAAAUUCUACACUGGCUUUUCCAGUCGGGGCUAUCUCCUCAAAUUUCUGGACAAAAUCCGGACAAUCUACCUUUCGUCAGAGUUUCACCACCAACUCAACAUGGAUGAACAGCUUAUCCUGGUGCUGACUCGGCUGCGCCUCGGCUUACAACUCCAGGAUUUGGCGUUCAGAUGUAAUAUUUCUCACGUGCAAGUUCAGAAAAUUUGCUCGUUUUGGCUCAAGCUGCUGUUGGAUUUGUUUAAAGGAAAGCCGGGCGCCAACAACCGCGUGAUUGUUCAAUGUUGCGAGACUUUUUUCGAAGUGACAUCUGUGAAAAAUGUGUACGAGAGAACUAAGGCUUUAAUUGAGAUUUCGCCAGAGGGCUUCGUUGAAAAUGCGUCGCAUUUGUACGCAGUGCAUGUUAACGAUAAGACGAUCAUCGAAAGGUGUGAAAAGCCGAAAGUGUGCAAUUGUGAAGCUUGGAAUAAAGCCAAAGCUGCGCGCGUUGAUCUCCAAGCACACCUCCAGCGUAUUUUAGGGUGUAUUAAAGGGUUUCAAAUCUUGAGGGGGGCUUUUCCCACUCUGAUUUGUAGUUUGGAUCAGUUGGAUACGUACUGGAGGAUUUGUUGUUUCUUGGUUAACCAUUUGGAUCCCCCGUAUGUUGGUGUAUAGACACUUACGUGAUAGUUACUAUAUUUUUGUAUAAAUGAUUAAACGAAAGAAUAAAUUAUUACAAGGUUAA